AUGAAAGCCGCAGCGAAGACAGUGGGGGUGGUGGGCGCCACAGCAACGAUGAUGAGGCUGAAGAGGAUGACAUCGAAAGUAUUCGCCGCGCUUCAACUAGUAGCGAUGAGGUUGUACAGCGGCGAGGAUGAUGGCAAUGAAUAUGGGAAUAAUGAAGAUAGAAGCCACGAAGCCCCAAGCAACAAGCACUGCAGCAAUGAUUCAGGAGGAAAGAACCCCCAUGGCGCAGCUUCCAACUCAGGCCGUAAUGGAGCUGCAAAUGCCGCAGUUGUCGUCAGAGACAACAGUGUGGCUAGAGGGCGCUCAGGUGAUGAACAUGGUCAUAUGGUGCCUGGUAAUAAUGAUUCGAACAGCGAUGUCGACGGGAGAUUUGACAAGAGGCAUGCCGAGGAGCACUGA